UUCCUGGAGGCCCACAGCUCCUCUGAUGUGACCAUUGGUCCACGUUUGUUUCUGUCAUGUCCGAUGGAUGUGGACGGUUCUCGUGUUUGGUUCACUGACCUGUGGAAUUAUUCCAUCAUCCCCUACAUGCUGGAGGCUGUGAGAGAAGGCUUACAGCUAUACGGCCGCAGAGCUGCAUGGGAGGAUCCUGCGCUGUGGGUUCUGGAAACUUUUCCAUGGGCAGCUUCUCAUCAACACCCUGAUUGGCCAGCUUUGCUGCAGCUCCGCCCAGAGGACGUGGGCUUCGAUGGAUACUCUGCCUCCAGAGAGGGCCUUAACAAACAGAGUACUCAGAGUGACAGUGAUGCCGACCCACUG